AUGGCAACUCAACGGAUCCAGUUCAUCCGCCCAUUCACCCUAUCUUAUCGUAAUCAUAAUCAUGGAUUCGAAAACAGUAACAACAAAAAGGCUAAUCUGCCCUGUUACGCCGGAGGCCGGAGCGGAGGGUCCAAUUGGGAUGGGGAGAGGACUGUUAAGCCCAAACAAAGGUCCAGAUUUGGCAACCAAUAUGUGACAGAUGAAUAUGAUGGCGAGGAGGAGGAGUUUGGGUUCGGGAACGCCGCGAAGCAGAGGAUUUGGUGGUCUGAAGAGUGUUAUGACGAAGGUGAAGAAGAAGAGGAUGAAGGAUUUGGGAUUCUCGAAGGUUCCAUUGGUUUUAAUUGGAUUUUCAAGGUAUUCAGGGCCUUUGGUUGGAUGCUUCCAGCCAUCAUGAUAUCACUGCUGCUCGGAACAGGGCCCAAUGCCAUCAUCAUGGCUAUAGCUUUACCGCUUGCACAAUCAGCACUUUCAUUAGCUGCAGAUACAUUAUGGGGAAGGUCUGGUGACACAUCGAGACUAAAGUCUAAGGGCAAGAAGUGGACAUACACUGGAGCUACUAGUAAUACUAGAGUCGGAAAGGAGAAAGGAAAAAAUCCUCAGACUAGGAAGAAGGAAGCAGGGGAUUAUCGGUCAUGGGCAGCUGCAAAUAAUGUUUCGACAAAAAGUGGGAAGAGGGAGCAACGGAAUUUUGGUGGAUGGGACGAGCUAGACAAGAAAACAAGAGUGGACAAAGUGUCUAAUACGUGGCCAAUUGUAAAGGCAAAUGAACCAAUAGUGCAAGAUAAGUUUAAAAUGAGCAGGAGAACAACGAAAGUGAAACGACUAUGCCCUUGUGACUUGUUUGGUAGGGUGGAACUGUGGAAGCUAAAUUUUUGCUAUUGCAUUGUUCAGUCUGGUCAGUCAUUUCAUUCUCCAAUUUGUGAGUCUAGAGCAACUGUUGAUUAG